GGAAGUUUCCCGAGCGGAUCGUCUGGGCAGCAGCAGCAGCUGUCUAGCUAACCAUUUACAACAACCAUGACAAGAGCUGUAGUCCAGUACACCGCAUUAAUUCAGGACUGGACCAUGUGGUGAUGAUCGGUAUGCCAUGCAGAGGAGACACAGCAGCAACACGGAUGGCAUGCCCUCUGAAAGGAGCCGAAGCCAAACUCUGGGAUCGGAAAGCAGCCUGGAUGAGGGUGGUGUGUUUGACUGCCUGAAGCCUGAAUCACCCGCUUCUCCCCAGCAGAUCUUCUCCGGCCUUGUUGGUGUCCCCUCCAGCUCUGUCUCCUCUGCCCAAUUCCAGGCAGCCGGCUUAGUCUUGGGCUCUCCCCCUGAAGUUUUUAUCCAGAUGACAGCAUCAUCCAGAGAGGAAGGGGGGCCCCAUCGCACAGAGGGUGGACCUUUUCUCCCUCGGCCACCUCAGCACCAUCAUCACCAUCACCACUUCCACCAUCAGCCCCUUCAGCAUAGGACCUCGUCCCUGCUCCAGCAGGCUACCACAGCAGCUGGCUCAGAAAGGCACAGCUCCAGGGAGGAAGCCCAGGAAGACCAGUCCACCCCAGCCCCAGCUUUGUCUGAGUUGAAAGCGGUGGUCACCUGGCUACAGAGAGGCUUCCCCUUCAUCCUUAUUUUGUUGGCUAAAGUCUGCUUUCAGCAUAAACUAGGAAUUGCUGUCUGCGUGGGGAUGGCCAGCACGUUUGCCUAUGCCAAUUCCACUUUAAGGCACCAAGUAUCAUUACGGGAGGAACGUUCUGUAUUUGUUGCUCUAUGGAUCAUCAUGUUCCUUGGAGGGAACAUCGUGUAUAUCUACUACACAUUUAGUCAUGAAGAGCUGCACAACAGCCUCAUAUUUGCCAAGCCCAUCCUCAACAGCUUUGAUUUCUUUGAUCUGAUCUGGGCAGUGGGCAUCACAGAUUUUGUACUCAAGUACGUCACCAUCAUCCUGAAAUGCUUUGUCCUCUUUCUGCCUAAGAUUCUCCUGGCAUUCAAAUCCAGGGGUAAGUUCUACCUGCUGAUCGAGGAGCUGAGCCAGCUGUUUCGAGCUCUCGUUCCCAUCCAGUUGUGGUACAAGUACAUCAUGGGAGAAGACCCCUCAAACAGUUACUUCCUGGGAGCUACACUCAUCAUCAUCUACAGCCUCUGCAAGUCCUUUGACAUCUGCGGACGUAUAUCUGCAAUACGCAAGGCCUUGGUCAUGCUCUGCAGCUCCCAGAGUUAUGGAGUGAGAGCUGGCAGUCAGCAGUGCAGCGAGGCAGGUGAUGUCUGUGCUAUUUGUCAGGCUGAUUUUAGAGACCCCAUUGCACUUCUCUGUCAGCACGUGUUCUGCGAGGAAUGCCUGUGUUUGUGGUUCGAUCGUGAGAGAACGUGUCCACUGUGUCGGUCUACUGUCAUUGAGACCCUGAGAUGCUGGAAGGAUGGCACCACCUCAGCUCACUUCCAAAUUUACUAAGUUCUAACAAUAUAUCAUGAGCAUCCAGAGAUAUGUGAUUGUACUCUGAAGCAAGGUAAACAGUGAUGUUUCUGUAAAUGUCUUAUAUAAAUCAGGCUAGGAAUAAUUGGGGUAAUACAUGAUAUAUUGGGGACAUUAAAUUUGAGAAGGCCAUAAUCGAAUAUAUUUAAAAACAAUCAUUUCCUAUAAAGCUGGUGAUUGAGGUCACAUGUUUAAAGAAAUGAUCAAUGUGGUAAAGGAACAUAAACUUGAGCUCAAUUUCAAUGGUUCGCUACUGUUGUAAUCUAUGGGUAACUUUUUAUUUGACUUUUUUUAAUAUAAAAGUUUGUUUUAAGUGCGGUUAUAAUGUAAAACGUGACUGAAUAUACACUCCGAGUUGUCUUUACAAUUUCAUCACAUGUAUUGAUUUAGUUCUACAAAUGGACUUUAUUCGAAAAUGAAAUGUCUCAGAAUGAUUCUUAAUGGAAAAUCAGUUUGUACUCUUUAGGUAGAAGAUGUUGUGGUUGGUAAAACAUAAGCAUAUUUAGAUACUGAAUAAGGAACAAGGUGGUGUGUGCCGGUUAAGUAGCCUGACUAUAAACGGUGCAUUGUAAAAGUGUUGAUAUGUAGUACAUACAUUGUCACUGACAUCAGAGGCACAUAUCUGAUAAUCGUCCAUACUGUAAAUUGUCUUCCAUUGUUAUUCCUCAUUUAUGUUGUUACUGUGUAUUUUAUUUAGAAUAAUUUUCCUCGGGCUGCUUAAUAGACUCUAGGACUAUAUGGAAAAUGCGCAGUGCAGCACUGAGAUCAUUGGUUUUGAAAUAAAGCACUUAAG